GUGCAGGGGCGGGGUCGCCGUGUACACGCGGGGCCGGCCAAUGAGGAGGGAGGGAGGGAGCUCGGUGUACACGGGCCCGGAGCGCGGGUAGUUCCUGACGCUUGGUCUGCGAUGUCUCCCGGCGGGCGGUCCGGGGCAAAGUGAGGGCCGGGGGGUCCGGACACUGCAUGCUCUCACCCCGGUGACCCUGCACCCCCUCCCCCCCUCCACUCUCUCUCUCUCUCUCUCCCUCUCUCUGUGCAGCAGGGAGGGGAUGUCCUUUAGCGCCACCAUCCUGUUCACUCCGCCGGGCGGGGGAGGGGGAGGGGGGGGGUGGGGGGCGAGGGUGGGGGAGGGGGCGGGGGUGGCCCCCGUGGCCGUGAGCGGGCAGGGGGUGUCGGUGGAGGGGGCCGAGCCCCUGCUGCAUCUCAUCUACCAGCGGCUGCAGACGGUGGGGGCCACGGCUCAGGAGGCGCUGGAGGUGGCCCGGGGCAACCAGCGGCUGCUGCGGGGGCUGGAGAGGCAAGUCCAGCAGUUGGCCGGGCUACCCCUCCCCCCCGCCCACCCCUCUCCCCCCCCGGCACACGGCGCCCCUCCCCACCCCGGCCCCUCUCCCCGCACCCCACCCCCCCCAUACACAAAGCCCACCAGCCCCCAGCCCCAAACACAGCCGGCGGCCAAGACAGAGGUGUGUGAGGGGCGGGAGUCCGUCCCGUCGCCAGAGGGGGGUGGAGUCUCUGCCCUGGGGGAGGGGGAUAUCACCGGCUCCAGCCUCCUGCUGAUGGAUCAGCUGUUUGGGGGCAGCCUCGACGGGACCCUCCCUCUGGCCGGCCCCCCCCGCCCCACCCCCCUCAUUGCUGGGACCCUGCGCCUGCCUCCACCCCCUCCCCUAUCAUUCCUGAGGCCCCUGGGCCGGGGUAACGGGGCGAGGAGCAUCCGCAGGAAGAGGGACGUCGUGCUGUCCAAAAUGGUUCACAACAUCCACAAUCACGUCUCCAACGACAGGAGGUUCAACGGGGCAGAGAGCAUCAAGUCAGCCUGGAACAUGGGAGUGGUGCGGUUCCUGUUGGAUGGGCUGAAGGGCCAGCUCGCCGACUGUCCCCCGCUCUACACCGACAAGGAGCUGAAAGGGGCGUGUGUGGCGUACUUCCUGACCAAGAGGCGCGAGUACCGCAACGCCAUGAACCCCCACCGCAGCCUGCGGGAACGUGAGGACAAGAAGCUGCGCAGCCGGCGAUAUAAGUUAUUUGCGGCCCGCUCGGCCCUGGCCCGGCUGUUGGAUGCGGAGGAUCGCCGUGUGUGGGAGGGGGCGAGUGAGGAGCUGAUGUCAGACGAGGAGGACAGCGCGCUGGAGCCGGGCGUGUGGGUCGCCCGUAGCCCGUCCUUCCGUCCCCCCGCCCUCACCCGCCUGUGCCGCCGGCUGGACACCAGCUCACGCCACGGGCAGCGGCCGAACCGCGUGCAGGGACCCCCGUCCGAGAGGCUGCCCACCCUGCCCGAACCCCAGCCCCUUCCCCCCGCCCGGGACCUUCCUCGCACCCCCACCCUACGUGGAGGUCAAGGUGGAGGGCGACUGAAGCCGGGGGGGGGGGGGGGGAAUGUACAGUGA